AUGGCGCGUCGAGCGCCGCGUCGCCGCGGCGGCGGCGCGACCUCCUCCCUCUCCUCCCUCCUCUUCCUCCUCCUCCUCCUCCUCCUCUCCCUCCUGCUCGCGACGCCGACGCUCGUCCGCGCGAAGCCGCGACCGAAAAUCCCGGACAAUCUCGACAACGUCUGGGACGACGAGGAGGACGACGACUUCAAGUCCUGGGGCGAGGAGAAGUUCGGAAGACAACCCGUCGACGGCGCGGACGACGCGCCGCUGUUCGACGCGAACGGCCAGAUGGACCCGAAGUCGCUCGCGAAGCUCCAGGAGAGGUCGCGCGCGGGGCCGCAGCUCACGUUCGUGAAGCUCCAUCCCGAUCCCGUCGCCGGCCCGCGAUCGAUCGACGAGGUGAACGUCAUCGGCGAGCGAUGGGCGACGUUGAUGCGGAGCGGCGGCGUGAGCGACCGCGUGUACGGCAUCGACACGGACACGAUGCUCGUGCAGCUGAAGGACGGGCGGUACAUGGACGAGCUCCGGGAGUUUCUGUGGAUGCAAGAGGAGGUUCGGGAGUUCGAGUGGAACUCGAAGCGAUGGCUGAAGGGCAACGACGAGCCGGAGCCGCCGACGCCGAAGCCGAAGCCGGACGCCGCGAAGAAGGAGAAGAAGAAGAAGAAGAAGAAGAAGAAGAGCGAGGGGCGCGACGGCGGCGGCGACGGCGGGGAGAAGAGGGUAGACUUAUAG